CCCCUUCACCUCUGAGAAUAUUCCCCAUAGCAGAGCGCAGAACGGGUCUCCCUGCUAAUUAUUUUAUUUUGUGCAAUUAAAUUAUCUGCCCCCCCCCCCCCCCCCAGAGCAGAGGAUCGGAGGGAUCCACAGCCGGGCUUUAAUCCAGACCUUCCACCGGGAGAACUUUGUGCAGAACAUCGGAGGGAGCAACAAGCGUGAAUUCACCAGCAGAGCAUCACCCCCCCCCUUUUUUUUUAUUGCAGAGCAUUGUAACCGAGCAUCACCUGCUCUUCAGCAUCCCUCCCCCCCCCCCCCCAUCACAUCGCAACAUCAGCAUCUGCUCCGCCACGGAGGACGACACCGGCCAGCAUCCUGACAGCAAGACAUUGUAACACUUAAUGGCGUCAUAAAUCCAUAUUAUCGAAGAGUACAGCGAGAAGCCCGGUGUGUGCAGAGCGAGAGAAGCCCGGUGUGUGCAGAGCAAGAAGCCCGGUGUGUGCAGCGCGAGAGACGCCCGGUGUGUGCAGCGCGAGACGCCCGGUGUGUGCAGCGCGAGAGACGCCCGGUGUGUGCAGCGCGAGAGACGCCCGGUGUGCAGAGCGAGAGACGCCCGGUGUGGCCGCCGAGGAUGAUCCGGAGAGAUUUCUGCCUGUCCGUGCUCCUGGCCGGGGCAAUCCUCCACGCCGCCGCCAGCAACAAAGGUAACAAGCACAAGCCAUGGAUGGAAGCGCAGUACCAGGGGAUCAUAAUGGAGAACGACAACACUGUGCUGCUGAACCCUCCACUCUUUGCUUUGGACAAGGAUGCACCGCUGAGAUACGCAGGUGAAAUCUGCGGAUUCCGGAUUCAUGGAGCCGGGACUCCCUUUGAAGCUGUGGUUCUAGACCGGACAACAGGGGAAGGUCUGAUCCGUGCCAAGGGCCCCGUAGAUUGCGAGGCACAACGGGAGCACACCUUCACCAUCCAGGCUCAUGACUGCGGAGAAGGUCCCGAUGGAGCCAACAGCAAGAAGUCCCACAAAGCGACUGUACAUGUCCGCGUGAAUGACGUCAACGAGUUUGCCCCGGUCUUCGGAGAACGGGUGUUCCGGGCCUCUGUCACCGAGGGGCGGAUGUACGAGCGCGUGUUGCGGGUGCAGGCGUGGGACCAGGACUGCUCCCCUCAAUACAGCCAGGUCUGCUUCUACCAGAUCCUCACCCCCAACGUGCCCUUCACCAUCGACAAUGACGGUUACAUAAAGAACACUCAGCCUCUGCAAGCCAAUGGUGACCGGCUGAUCAGAUUCACAGUGACGGCAUACGACUGCGGCAAGAAACGGGCCGUGGAGGAUGCCGAGGUGGAGAUCCAGGUGAAGCCCAUCUGCAAACCCAGCUGGAAAGGCUGGAGCAAACGCAUUGAGUACGUACCUGGCACAGGUAGCCUGGCGUUAUUUCCCAGCAUUCACCUGGAGACCUGCGAGGAGCCGAUAUGGAACAUCCAGGCCACGGUGGAGAUCCAAACCAGUCACAUCGCCAAGGGAUGCGACCGGGACAACUACUCCGAGAAGUCCUUACGCAAGCUGUGCGGAGCUGCCGCCGGAGAUGUGGACUUACUCCCUCCCCCCAGCCCUUUGUACAACUGGACCCACAGCCUCCCCAUACAGGACACCCCGGACAGCAGCCCCGUCUACUGGUUCAAUGGAUCCCAGUCAGUGGAAGUUCCUCCUGGGCGGUUACCUGCAGGGGGCGGAGCGGCUGAUCACCUGACUCUUUCUUUUUGGCUGAAACAUGCAGGGGGAGGUGGAGGGAAGGCAGGAAAAGAAGAGGAAGUGUUGUUGUGUAACACCGUACAAAAUGAUGGCAGCUUCUCGCAUUACACUUUGGCGGUUCACGGUUGCCGGAUCUCCUUCCUCUAUUGGUCCUUACUGGACAGCGCUCGGCCCGUCAAGUUCCUCUGGAAACUAGAACAGGUGUGUGAUGUAGAGUGGCAUCAUUAUGCUCUGAGCCUCGAAUUCCCAACCGUCUCCCUGUAUGUGGAUGGAGUGACGUACGAUCCGGCACUGAUUCAUGAUAAUGGAGCCCUCACUCUUCCCAAACGUCAGGCCAGGCUCAUGAUUGGAGGCUGCUGGACAGAUGAGAAGUUUUCGGUGAGAGUGAAUGACAAUGAAGUGUCAAGAUCCUCAGGCACUUCUGCGGGCCGAUUCCUGCGUGGUUAUAUCUCUGGCCUGUCCCUUCGGUUGGGUCCGGUGGAUUCUCGGGAAGUGAUCGAGUGUCUCUACUCCUGUAAGGAGGGUCUGCAGUACACCGACUUCGACAGUCUGGGGAAAGGAAUGAAGGUUCAUGUGAACCCCGCUCAGUCCCAGCUGUCCCUGGAAGGGGAUGACGCCGUCUCCUUCAGCCGAGCUCUGCAGCACGUCGAAUACCUCAACUCUCUACAGUUUCCAACACCGGGCGUUCGACCCCUGAAACUGAAGACUUCCGUCAGGUGUGUCAGUGACGAAGGAUGUCUCUCGGUGCCAGAUCUGGACGGCUACCUUGUGGUUCUACAGCCGGAUGCCCCACAGGUCCAACUGACGGGGUCCUCUCGGUCUGCACACCCCAUGUUCGACUUCCAGGGGCCACUCGGGGUCCCGAUAUUCCCAGAUCUGAGGAUUACUUGCACCGUAUCUCAUUCAUUAACUCCAAAUAAGCUUGAAAGAGCUCCAAGAGCAGAUGUACAGUCUCCGGAUGGAAUAGAGUGCUCUAUUGAACGGUGUGAGAUCGGCGUAGUGGGCGAGGACCUGAACCAGGAGUACGAGAGCCUCUCUCUGGAUGUCUCUUCUGCGUGGCAACGUGGCCUUGAGACCGAGAACAACUCCCGCAGCCUCCGUAUCACAGGUGUGCAAAAUGUGGCCGUCUACGAGGACAUCCUGCGUAGCGUGAGCUACCGCACCGCGGCCCGGGCGGAGCUGUAUGCGCGCAAAUUCCACGUGUCCUGCAGCGAGAUGAACGGGAGGUACAUCAGCAACCAGCUCUAUACUGAGAUCGAUGUUCUUCAUGGAGUCCAUGCGGUCUCGCCCAGCCACAUCCAAUCAGCACAGCAGCAGUUUGUCCACAAUGUACACCAGCCCCCCGCAGAGUUAUCCGGUCACACGCUGGUCAGUCCCAAUCGCAGCUCAGUAUUUCCUGGUGUUGCCAUGGUGAUCAUCGUCGUCUGUAUCGGCUUCUUGGCGCUGAUCGUUACUCUGGGGCUGUCAAGGAUACACAACGUGCGGCAGAGGGGAGGAUUUGAUGGGGAGGAGCUUGAAACAUCCAGUCAGCGGGAUCCGUUCUGGGAGGACUCAGCGAUGACCAUAACUGUGAACCCUAUGGAGUCCUUGCCGUCUCGUAAUGUGGGUGCUAAACAGAAAGCAGCCGUCCCAGAGAAGGAGGACCUGGAAGACGAGUCCCGCUGAAAUCCGACUCUUACAAGCCGUGCAUAUGUGUGCUUCUCGCUUAUGUGUCAUUCCCACCAUCACCUGGUGUGUCUGCCACAUCCUGACACAACUGUGCGGUGUUUGCGCCACUUAACCUACGCACUCUUCUAGGGGCGUGUACCGAUGUUUUGACACUCUAAGCAGGGAGUGCCACGUAUAGACACUCAAGACUGGGGGCUAUCCUGUUUUAUUCCUCGAAUUUGAAGCGCGUGCUUUUUUCGGAAGUGUCUCCAUCUUGGACACAUUCGCUGGAUUGUGAGCCACGCGCUCAUCAUCAUCUCUCUUGUUCUGGACGCCCCUCCCCCACCCCCUCUCCCUCACCACUCAUACCAUCAUUUCUCAGGGGAUAAUUUGCCGCCUCCUCUCCUUCAUGCUGUGUUUGUAACGGUCUCAUGUGAUGUUUCGACAUUAGGUUCUUGAGGGGCUGCAGAUUCACUCCCUACUAUAGAUUAUCACUCAAUACUUUAACGCCAAAGGGGGUCCGAUUCACACCAACGUCUGGGACUAGUGCCUUAUUUAUCAAGGCCUGAAGUAAGAACUGUCUGGAUUACUUUUAGCAACUGGUCAGCCUCUCCUUUACAUUUUCUUGGGAACACGCAAGAAAAUUGGGUUUUUAUGGACAAUUUGGGGUUGUUAAGGACAACAAACAGUUCUCUGUGCUCUGGCCUCAUGGAACGUUGUUAAUCAUCAAAGUAUCUGAGAUUAGAACCAUCUUUCUUGCCCUUAAUAACCAAUGAAGCCUCAGGUUUCGAUCUUUCUUAAAGGCCAAUUAACUCAAAACUAGGUUUGGCUUUAUUGUUGGAAAGUUCCAUCAAGCCUUAGCUUGAAGACUUGGGUCACAUCUUCAAAGGAUUCAUUACGAUGUGAAUGAAUAUCUAAAGGUCCAACAGGUCAUCUGCCUUUUAUAAAUAUCUAAAGGGGAUAAAGGCAAUACUGCAAAAAAAA